AUGGAUCACAUACAUCCAGCCAAUUCAAAAAUGGAACAAACCGUACCACAGACGGCAGUAAGGAAAUUUAGAACAGGUGAUAACGUUUGGUACAAGAAUUAUGGUAAUGGGGAAAAAUGGUUGCCAGGAACGGUCCAGUCUACCGGUUCGAGAAAUUAUGAAAUUAUAGAUGGAAACAAUAUGCAGUCAAGGCACAUAGACCAGCUGCGUAGCCGAUUACCCGAAACAACCACAACACCUUUGACAACAACUGAUUCUAUUCGACAACAAGAAAAUACACCAGAUGAGACCGAACAACAUGCAGUUCUAGACAGUUUGCCACUUGAAAAUACAACAACUAUAAUAGACACUACACCAACACCAUUCCAAGGACCCGAGCAAACACCAAACCGAAAUCGUCCAGUACGCACUAGGAAAGCUCCUCAGAGAUACGGUGACUACGUGAUGGGGGAGGAACUGCAACUAUGCAAAAGUAUCAUUAUCUGUCAAGUUGCAUCUAACUCCUUCUUCUUAAAUUAG